AUGGACUGGGACACAACUCGGCAUGAAGUCAAGAAGAUUGUUUAUCUUUUCUGUGGAGGUGCUGUCAUAACUGUCAUUGUUCAUGCCAUAACAUACCUUUGUUUUGGAAUCAUGGGGGAGCGGUUGACACUUCGGGUGAGAGAAAAGAUGUUCACUACAAUUCUGAGAAAUGAGAUCGGCUGGUUUGAUAACAUGGACAAUACAAGUUCAAUGCUCGCUUCGCGCUUAGAAAGUGAUGCAACUUUGCUGCGAAAUGUGGUUGUUGAUCGCACCACAAUGCUCUUGCAAAAUGUUGGUUUGGCUCUUAAAUCAUUCAUCAUAGCCUUCAUCUUGAACUGGAGGCUCACAUUUGUUGUCUUGGCAACGUAUCCAUUAAUCGUCAGAGGUCACAUCAGCGAGAAACUCUUCAUGAAUGGUUAUGGUGGCAACUUGAGCAAAGCAUACCUUAAGGCCAACAUGCUGGCCGGCGAGGCAGUUAGCAAAUCCGAACUGUUGCAGCAUUCUGUUCCGAGGAGAAAGUGCUGGAUCUUUAUGCUCAACAGCUUCGUGAGCCUGCCAAAUGUCCAUUUAGGCGUGGCCAGACUGCAAGGAUACUUUAUGGAAUCUCUCAUUUUUUUCAUUUUCUCGUGCUAUGGUCUUGCGUUGUGGUAUGGUUCUGAACUGAUGGGAAAGGGACUUGCAAUCUUUAAAUCAGUGAUGAAAUCAUUCAUGAUUCUGAGUGUUAGUGCCUUGGCCAUGGGUGAAAUAGUUGCAAUGGCACUGGAUCUCCUGAAAGGAAACCAAAUGGUGGCAUCAGUAUUUGAAGUUCUAGAUAGAAAGACUCAAGUGUUCGGUGAUGUUGGAGAAAAUGUAGCAAAGGUAGAUGGCAAAGAUGUCAAGAAACUAAGACUGGAGUCUCUUAGGAAGCACAUUUGGCUUGUUCCACAAGAGCCAGCUCUUUUCGCGACAUCAAUAUAUGAAAACAUCUUGUACAGUAAAGAUGGAGCCUCAGAGAGUGAAGUGAUCGAAGCAGCAAAGUUUGCCAAUGCACAUUGCUUCAUCAGCGCUCUUCCUGAAGGCUAUUCAAUAAAGAGAUGUAACUUCUGCUCAAAUGAAAAUGCAUUAGCUCAUAAGAUUCUAAUUUUCCAUUGUAGCUUUUUCCCUUGA